UGUUGUGGAACUCAUGUUUUGACUCACUAAAGUCACACUCUAUCAGCUUCGACUUCACCAUAUAUAUAAUAGUAAUAAUCUUUGUUUUCCAUCAAUCUAUACAGCUAUCUCUGUUUUAGCCUUCAUUUAACAUUGCUAUCUCCUAUUCUCCGUGGCAUUUACAUUAUUUAUCAGCUGAUGGAUUCUUGGAGCUAUGAUUGUGAAGGGAAAAACCUAUUUUUUACUGAUUUUGAAGCAGAGGGUAUGGAAUUCAAUCAAUUCAUGGAUUUUAGCUUUGAUUAUAAGAAAAAGAAACCCUUUUUUAGUGACACCAAUUUGGGGAUUUUUAGUGAUGAAUUUACCACUACUACUAGUUCAUGUUAUGUUGAGCAACAUUCAAGUUCAUUAAUGGAGUCCAACAGUCAAGAAUCUUCAAUCAUUGAUUAUGGAGAUUCAAAGGGUUGUAAGGAAACUUCCGUUGUAACUUCGAUUCAACCGGUUUUGAUAUCGAAGAAAGCUUUGACAACAAGAAGUUCAUGUCCUCAAACACCUCAAUGUCAAGUUUAUGGUUGUAAUAAGGAUCUUAGUUCAUCAAAAGAUUAUUACAAGAGGAACAAAGUUUGUGAGAUUCAUUCUAAGACAGCCAAAGUUAUUGUUAAUGGAAAUGAAAUGAGAUUUUGUCAACAAUGUAGCAGGUUCCAUUUAUUGGCUGAAUUCGAUGAUGGUAAGCGUAGUUGUCGUAAACGACUGGUAGGACAUAAUGAGCGUAGAAGGAAGCUUCAUUUCGGUACCCUUCCCGGAAAAUCACAUAAGUUUUUGCAGUCAUAUCGAGAGAGAUAUGAACAUGCUGAUCAGGUUAAAUUCAGAGAGAAACCGGUUUAUGAUCCUCAGUCGGCAAUAUCGAUCAUAAAUGGCAAAUUGGUGUCGAAGAAACAACACAUCCCCGGAAGUUUUUCGUUGGCAACUGAAGCCUUCCAUGCUCCUAAUGAGUUAUCUGGUCUUUCUUGCUCGGAUUGUGCUCUCUCUCUUCUGUCUUCUCAAUCACGAGACUUAUCGAGCCAUGCGACCGGAAUUCAAUUGACCGAGCCCUUUAUCAAUCAAGCUAGCCACCACCAUGGGAGUUGUUUGGAAAAUGCCAAUGGCUUUUGCUCAUGUGGGAUGAACCCCAUGGGAGUUAGCCAAGCAGGAUCUUUUCGAGACUUGGGUCUUUCGAGUCCAAAUGGAACCACUGUUGAUUUACUUCAACUAUCAACACAUCUCCAAAGAGUGGAGCAACAAAGGAGUUCAAUGCACGUAAAGCCUGAAAACGAGGACCUUUGUUAUUUCCUUACAACUUAAACCAGUAUGAGAAGGACAAGGCAUGUUCUGUUGUUCUUACAGGUUCAUGACAUGUUACUCGGACUCGGGUUUUUCCCAAGAUUUUCGUAUAUUUCGAAUGUCCUUGGAGGAUCAUAUAUGUACCAAUGUACGGAUAUGUGUCAAAUAGGGGUGUUGGACACAAGUACUUCUCGGGUUUUAAUGAUCCCUAUCACUUUUGUGGCACUGAAGGGGCAACUUGAGAGGGGACAAAGUAAGAGUCUAAAGUUGGAACAAUACCCUUGUAAAAAAGUUUAGAAAGGAAUCAUGUAGCACUAACAUGUUUUUAUUUAUAAAAUCUUUGCACUUUAUACUGUGCAUAAAACUUUAAGUGGUUAA